AUGGCGAUGGCUCCACCCGCUGCCGCCGCCCUCCUCCACCGCCCGCUCCUCCCCAAAGCUGCAGCCUCCUACCCCCGAAGCGCGCCUGCGCCGCGAGCUGCGGCCUCCGUCUCGCUGCGGCCGCCGAGGAGACGGCGGUCGCGUGGUCCGCUGAUCCGAUCGCUGCCUCCAGAAGGAGCCCCGGCCGAGCUGAUGGAAGAGGACUCCAAGUUCGUGCCGCUGAACGCGGAGGAUCCAAUGUACGGCCCACCGGCGCUAUUGCUCAUUGGAUUUGAGAGAGGUGAAACCGAUACGAUUCAGGCUUUCCUGAAAGGGCUUGAAGGUGGAUUCCUCAAGCUGAUCCUUUGUACUGAAGAAAUGACAAAACAAACAUUGUGGGAUGCCAUGCACACUGAACAGACUAACUUGGAAGCUAUCAAGAUUGCAGAAUCAAUGCCAAGGAUAUGUAUAUUCUCCGGUCUGACUGGUGAGGAGAUGAUGAUGUUCAUCAACGCCUUCCCAGAAACUGGGUUGGAACCAGCUGCUUUUGCAGCACUUGUUCCUAACAGUGCAGAGAAGAUUCUUCGGGAGGUGAUAGAGGAAAUAAUGGGUGACCACGAGAUGUUGACAGGAAAGAAUUUGGAGUGAAUAGAAUUUCAAGUAGCAAAUGGGCUAAUAAGAAUGACAAGGUCUAUGAAGAAAAUUCAGGCAGCAUUGGACAAAACCUGAAACUACAUCCAGAAAUUAGCAGCUCCAAGGGUUAGAAUUAUUAACGUUACCAGGAAUUCUUUUUGGUACGUAUAGCACUAACAGGUACUGAUAGUGAACCUGCAGACUAAAUGACCAUUUUGCAGUUUGUGAUUGAUAAACCUAACUCUGACUCAAAUUGUUUUCAGGUACAGCUGUAGUCCUGUAGAAGUAGGAGCUAUCACCUUUUUUCUUAUGGAAAAUGUCAGCCCUUCAAGUAAAUGUCAAUCCUUCUAGAAUUUGAGGUCCUACUUUCUGCAUCAUAGAAAAAUCUGCAAUGACCAAGUUCAUUGCUCAUGACAAAUCAAUGAAAUGUUGUAUAACGCCCGUCUGAAAAUGAGCAGAAUUCUUAUUUUAAAACU